GCGCCGAUCGCCUGCCCCCGGCCGCGGCCCGGCGCGCCCCGGCCGCGGCCCGGCGCGCGCCGCCGAUGGCCCUCGCCUCGAGGGGCGGCCCGCCGCGCGCAGGCACCAGCCUUGGGGGAGGCGGCCUCAGCGGCGUGCUGGCUCGCUCUGGGCCCUCAGGCCCCGGCCGCGCGGGGCGCCAGGCCGCUGGGAGGGUGCGGCAGGGCCUGGACGAGGAGCCAGCUCGAGGAGCUCAGGGAGGCCUUCAACCUGUUCGACACCGAGCACGCAGGCGCCAUUGACGCGCGGGAGCUGAAGGCGGCCCUGAGAGCCCUGGGCUUCGAGGUCAAGAAAGAAGACGUUCGACGAAUGUUGUCGGACAUCGGCAAGGACGACCCUGCCCAGCCCAUCGACUUCAACGAUUUCUGCGAGAUGAUGAAGGGAAGAAUGCCGGACAAGAACUCAAGGGCUGAAAUCGACAAGGUCUCAGUGCCGCCUCGCCCGGACGAGACGGGCAAGAUCUCGUUCCGGAACCUCAAGCGCAUAGCCCAGGAGCUCGGGGAGAGCCUCACCGACGAGGACCGGAAAUGCAGGAGAUGA